AAACUCAGCAGGCUGCUUUCGCUCCCCCUGCCUUUCGGGAGAGCCCUGUCCCAGACUUCUCAGGGAUUUUACAGCACAAACAACUGCAUGCGGGCCCGAGGGGCGGCUGAGCAGGACUAGUGCGUGUUGGCUCCAUCGCUUCGCAUCACUUUGCUGGCCGCAUCCCCAACCUGGAGGAGGUUCCGGCUGGAUUUCUCUCCGCCCAAACCACCAAGGAAGGAGCCCCGCGCCUUCGGUUGACUCUUGCUAUUUUUAUGGUUUAAGUUUAUCUAUUCAUGGGGCUGAAAAGCGCUUGCAAAUCCAUCAACGGCGAAGUGUGGCAAGUCGCCCAGGAUCCCGCCGCCUGCCCGUGGUCAGGCAUUCCUCACUCCCACCAGGCAGAAGGUCGAUAAAAAUGGAAGCAAGCUCUUCUGGAAUCACUCAGGGGAAAACCAAAGUCUUCCGUGCAGUGGCCAAGGAUGUCAAUAUUCUGUUUGAUGAAUUAGAAGCUGUCAACAGUCCUUGCAAAGAUGAUGAUUCUCUGCUGCAUCCUGGGAACCUGACCAGUACUUCCGAUGAUGCUAGCAGAUUGGAAGCAGGAGGAGAGACGGUGCCGGAAAGAAGCAAGUCAAAUGGACUCUAUUUCAGAGAUGGAAAGUGUCGAAUCGACUACAUUCUCGUGUACAGAAAAUCCAACCCCCAGACUGAAAAGAGAGAAGUAUUUGAAAGAAAUAUCAGAGCAGAAGGAUUACAAAUGGAGAAAGAGUCUUCUGUAAUCAAUAGUGACAUUAUCUUUGUGAAGUUACAUGCCCCAUGGGAAGUCCUUGGAAGAUAUGCAGAACAAAUGAAUGUAAGAAUGCCUUUCAGGAGAAAAAUCUAUUACCUGCCCCGCCGGUACAAGUUCAUGAGCAGGAUCGAUAAACAAAUAAGCAGGUUUCGGAGAUGGUUACCUAAGAAGCCAAUGAGGCUGGACAAGGAGACACUGCCAGACCUGGAGGAGAAUGACUGCUACACUGCCCCUUUCAGCCAGCAAAGGAUCCACCACUUCAUCAUACACAACAAAGACACUUUCUUCAACAAUGCCACAAGAAGUCGAAUUGUGCACCAUAUCUUACAAAGAAUAAAGUAUGAAGAAGGAAAAAACAAAAUUGGUCUGAAUCGUUUGCUUACCAAUGGCUCCUAUGAAGCUGCAUUUCCCCUGCAUGAGGGAAGUUACAGAAGUAAAAACUCCAUUCGGACCCAUGGAGCGGAAAACCACCGGCACCUGCUCUACGAGUGCUGGGCCUCCUGGGGGGUGUGGUAUAAGUACCAGCCUUUGGACCUUGUAAGGCGGUACUUUGGAGAGAAGAUCGGCUUGUAUUUUGCCUGGCUGGGCUGGUACACCGGCAUGCUCUUCCCAGCUGCCUUCAUUGGACUCUUUGUGUUUUUGUAUGGAGUCACCACUCUGGAUCACUGCCAAGUCAGUAAAGAAGUCUGCCGAGCUAUAGAUAUCGUCAUGUGUCCUGUGUGCGAUAAAUACUGUCCGUUCAUGAGGCUGUCAGACAGCUGUGUUUAUGCCAAGGUAACCCACCUUUUUGACAACGGAGCCACUGUCUUCUUUGCUGUUUUCAUGGCGGUGUGGGCAACCGUUUUCCUGGAGUUUUGGAAAAGGAGGAGAGCAGUCAUUGCUUAUGACUGGGAUUUGAUAGACUGGGAGGAAGAAGAGGAAGAAAUACGACCCCAGUUUGAAGCCAAGUAUUCCAAGAAAGAGCGAAUGAACCCCAUUUCAGGAAAGCCAGAACCUUAUCAAGCAUUUGCAGAUAAAUGCAGCAGACUCGUCGUUUCUGCAUCUGGAAUAUUUUUUAUGAUCUGUGUGGUGAUCGCUGCUGUGUUUGGGAUCGUCAUCUACCGGGUGGUAACCGUCAGCACGUUCGCAGCCUUCAAGUGGGCGCUAAUCAGGAAUAACUCUCAGGUUGCAACCACAGGGACUGCUGUGUGCAUCAACUUUUGUAUCAUUAUGUUGUUGAACGUGCUCUAUGAAAAAGUUGCGCUUCUUCUGACGAAUUUAGAACAGCCUCGCACGGAGUCAGAGUGGGAGAACAGCUUCACGUUGAAAAUGUUUCUUUUUCAGUUUGUCAAUCUGAACAGCUCCACCUUUUACAUUGCGUUCUUCCUUGGAAGAUUUACAGGACACCCAGGUGCCUACUUGAGGCUGAUAAACAGGUGGAGGCUAGAAGAGUGCCACCCUAGUGGAUGCCUUAUUGAUCUCUGUAUGCAAAUGGGCAUUAUAAUGGUGCUAAAGCAGACCUGGAAUAAUUUCAUGGAACUUGGCUACCCGUUGAUUCAGAAUUGGUGGACGAGAAGAAAGGUGCGCCAGGAGCAUGGCCCGGAGAGGAAAGUACGUUUCCCACAAUGGGAAAAGGACUACAACCUUCAGCCGAUGAAUGCCUAUGGACUCUUCGAUGAAUACUUAGAAAUGAUUCUUCAAUUUGGAUUCACAACGAUCUUUGUGGCAGCUUUUCCCCUAGCACCACUUCUGGCCUUACUGAAUAACAUCAUUGAAAUCCGACUGGACGCUUACAAAUUUGUCACACAGUGGAGGCGACCUUUAGCUUCAAGGGCCAAAGACAUAGGAAUUUGGUAUGGAAUUCUUGAAGGCAUUGGAAUUCUCUCUGUCAUUACCAAUGCAUUCGUCAUAGCGAUAACAUCUGACUUCAUCCCUCGCCUGGUGUAUGCUUAUAAGUAUGGACCUUGUGCAGGCCAAGGAGAGGCUGGGCAGAAGUGCAUGGUUGGCUACGUGAAUGCCAGCUUGUCUGUGUUUCGAAUUUCUGACUUUGAAAACCGAUCUGAGCCUGAGUCUGAUGGCAGCGAGUUCUCGGGGACUCCUCUCAAAUACUGCAGAUACCGGGACUACCGGGACCCUCCUCAUUCCCUGGUGCCCUAUGGCUACACACUGCAGUUCUGGCACGUCCUAGCAGCUCGACUGGCGUUUAUCAUUGUGUUUGAGCACCUCGUGUUCUGUAUAAAGCACCUCAUUUCAUAUCUGAUCCCAGACCUCCCAAAAGAUCUAAGGGAUCGAAUGAGAAGAGAGAAGUACUUGAUUCAGGAGAUGAUGUAUGAAGCCGAGCUGGAGCGACUGCAGAAGGAACGAAAAGAAAGGAAGAAAAAUGGGAAAGCACACCACAAUGAGUGGCCAUGACCAGUUGUCAGGAUGUCACGUUGCUUCAGGCUGCCUUUCUGACUCAGUUUGUUCAUCUGUAAAGCAGGCAUAAUAAUGUUUAUACCGAACCUGACUCAGUUUGGGGUCACAAAUUCUUUGAAUGCCUUUGAUGCAUGGUAAUAGUCCCUUUCCAGGCCAACGACCUGAAUUCUGUUUACUUCUCCCAGCUGUGCAAAAGCACAUACAAGUGAAUGACUACAAAAUGCAACCGCAGUGCAUGUCGCAGACACGGCAGCAGUGGGCGGGCCAGCACCCUGGAAAGGACUGCCCGGGGACUCCCUCUGCAGCCCGGCACACCAUUGCUAUCUAUCCAUAGACCAUUCUUGACCAAGCAAGCAUGCACUUCAUGGGCAGUUCCACACUCACGUUUUUAAAAACCACGGGGAACUUGUAUAUGGGGCCUGUUUUUCAGCCUGUUUGCUACCUUUUUUGCAUUCUAUCCCAUGUGAAUUUUACAGACACUGGGCUUAAACAUAAAAAGGGGUGGGGUGGGGUUGUUCAGACAUCAGGACAUACAUUUCUAGAAUGUCAUCCUACAGUCCUAAUUCCACAUCACCAAAUGACUCAAACAAGACCCUGUUUACAACUUUUUCUUUGUUGUUGUUUUUUAAUUUUAGAUCUUUAUGAGGAGAUUACAUAUGACGUAUCUAUAGCUAUGUGUAUGGCAAUAGAUGUAUUUCUGUGUGUACAUAUGUACAGUCAUGUAUUCCUACAUAUGUACAGACAAAUACAGAGCUAUAUAAAAGUACAUAGAGAUUGCUUACUUGUAAAUAGGACAUGAAUGAUGAAUUUUCACAUCUCAAAUAGUCAUCAACAUGAAGCCACGUUUAAUGCUUGUAUAAUGUGAUGCAAUAAAAUUUAAAAUAAAUUUAUGCACAUGGAAUCCUUUCA